CUUAAUAUGAGGCAGCGCUAUUGGCUCGAAUUGGUCAAGGAUUAUGAUUGUUCUAUCCAGUACCAUCCGGGGAAGGCGAACGUCGUCGCAGAUGCCCUAAGCCGAAAGGUGACGGGAGACUUGACGUACGUCAUUACGCAGCAGAGUUCAUUGAUCCAUGA